AUGGAGAACCUCUUCUACGGCUAUGCCAGUGGGCUCAAGAUGUUUGACCUGAAGGGGAUGAAGAGUCGAAGGUCGAAGCCGGUCGUGACGUCCGAGGAGGACCAUAAGACACUUUUUGAUGGGGAGUGGAUCGACAUGCAGCGUGAAAAGACCAUAUUGGUUGACCCGCGCUCGAAGAAGAUGCUGAGAGAGGCGAUACGGAGAGAUACCGAGUUUUUGACUAAGGGUAAUAUCAUGGACUAUUCGCUCCUUGUGGGGAUUGGGGAAGGGCCGGAGCGGCUCUUGGUCGUUGGCUUGGUGGAUACCAUUGGUCUCUAUACGUUCGCCAAGACAAUCGAAAGCAAGGCGAAGCAAAACCUACCCGGCCGGGAGAAGGGAGAGGUUACGGUGAUCCCGCCCAAGGAGUAUGAAGAAAGGUUUGUUAGAGCGGUGGAUGGGUAUUUUGUGCGCUGUCCGGAUAGGUCGACAACUCUGGAUGAUUCGGUAGAAGGGGAGCUAGGAACAGUGCUGUAA